GAUUCAACUCAGUCAGAUUAUAGUCGCGUAACAAGUUUGUAGCGGAAAUACUCGCUUAAAAAUCGUUCCAGUCAUGACGGAAGGAGUCGGAUUUCGGUUCGGAAAGUUGAGCGUGGACAAAGUGCCGGACGUGUACGAUGAUGAGGUGUUGGAAAUGAGUCAGUUUUAUCAAGAUCUGGCGAAGGAAUUGGGUGAAAACGAGCUUUCCCGGCAGCAAAGCAUCCAGCAGUUUCGCGAUUGGAUUGCCAAACAUCCGCACAUCAAACGGUGCCGCACGGACGCUCCGUUUUUGUUGCGUUUUCUAAGAACCAAAAAAUAUUCAUUCAUUCAAGCGGCCAAAACGUUGGAAAGUUAUUUGGUGGCACGCACUAAGCACCGAAAGUGGUUCAAUAAUUUGGACAUUGACGAACCGGAAUUAUCCGGCUUGAUUGAUGCUUGCUAUUUGUUUCCGCUACCACGGCUGGACUCGAAUGGACGUGCCGUGUUCUUCAGUUGUUCGUCUGGUUUCGAUGCAAACAAGAACACGGUCAUCGGUCCUAUCAAGGCGAUUCACAUGCUGGGGGAGAUUUUCUACGAAACUAACGAGGCUCAGUGUGCGGGUUGCGUGUGGAUUUUCGAUAUGGAAUUGAUCGACAUGAACGCAUUGGGACUGAUAACCGUUCAGGAUAUUCGAACGCUAGCGGAACUGGUUAACACGGCGGCGGCUGCUCGAAUUCGGGAGUUGCAUUUUAUCAAUACACCGGCGGUAGCGCGUACCAUCGCCAAUCUAGUGCUGCAGUUAAUGAGUGAUAAAAUUCGGAGCCGAGUGUUCUGUCAUGCAUCACUAGGAGACCUUCACUCAAAAGUGGAUAAAACUUUGCUACCGAAGGAAUUUGGUGGAGAAAUUCCCGCAGCCGAACUGGCAGCCAGCUAUAAAGAUCUUUGCCGAAAGAUGCGCCCCCGUCUGCUGACACUGGACGAGAUGGAAAUUGAGUUGACCGAUAAUCCGAACAGCGUGUGGACUAACGGUGAGGGACUGGAAGAGGGAGCUAUCGGAUCGUUUCGGAAACUGUCUAGCUGUGAAAACUUUCUCGAUUUAGUAGCAGAAUGAGAAACACACACUGUCGAAUGUAUUGAAAAACGACCAGCUCGAAGCACUAGCCAUAGCUGGACAAAUUACUAUUAAUUAUCACAUCGUGCGUUAUCUUUGGGAACGUCUGCUUAAACAAACGAAAUAACCGAAUCGACAUUUUCGGCUGUAUGUCGAAGAGGUAAACUUCAAUGAUUUUAUGUACAUCAUCAAAUUCGUUAAAUGUUGGAAGAACACACUGUGAAAAAUUUGAGAUA